AUGACAGUUGAAGAAUUACAAGAUGAAAUAGGAGCAAUUGAUGCUAUUUAUCCAGAUACUGUUAUACCAAUAGCUCCACAAAUAUAUACUUUUAAAAUCCCUCAACAUGAAUCAUUAAGUAUUCAAUUAAAUUUCCCAAGUGAAUAUCCUGAAGCAAUCCCACAAUUAUUACAAGUGUUAAUUGAAAAUAAUUCAAGAUUUACUGAUGUGAAUUAUUUAGAAAAACAUAUAAAUGAAAUAUUAUCAAAAGUUUAUAUUCCUGAACAAGUAGUUAUGUUUGAAUUUUUAACUGAAUUACAAGAAUUUUUUGAUAAAUAUAUUGAAGAACAUCCAGAACCUACACCAUCACCAAAACAAAAACAAAAACCCAUAUCAUCACCUGAUGAUAGAUCAAUUACUCCACAACCAGUGAAAGUUGAAAUACCUAAAGAAAUAAUUGAUCCUACAAUAGGUUGGUUUCAAUCUGAACCAAUUGUUGAUAGAUCUUCUACAUUUAUUGCAUAUGCUAGAAAAGUUGAUAAUUUGCAACAAGCUCAAGAUUAUUUAAAUAAUUUAAUCACUGAUAAAAAAGUUUCAAAAGCUGCUCAUAAUAUUUCAAGUUGGAGAAUCAAAACUGAAAAUGGAGUAGUUUAUCAAGAUUGUGAUGAUGAUGGGGAAACUGCUGCAGGUAGUAGAUUACUACAUUUACUACAGGUAUGUUAUUAA